UUUUACCAAAACCUCAAUCCUCUAAUUUAUAAACCAAAAAAAAAAAAACGCUUAACUUAUUAGAUCAAAAGAUCAUAUCCAUCAUAUAUCAACAUGUACAGGAAAGAUGAAAAGGAGGAGUGUUGCUACAACUACAAGAAGAAGCAGCAACAGGCAGCCAUUGCAAGCAUCUUCUCAUACAAACACAUGAAAAGAGUGUACCCGGUCGGGCUCUACAGAAGCUCUUCCUCGUCCUUAUCUUCACUCUCUUCCAAUUCAUCUUCACUCUCUCUGACUCUCUCACAAAACUCGAACGACGACUCUUCUCUGACGGACCAUUCGACGUCGUCUUCGUCCCCGCUCGACCACAAGGUUUCACUAGCCCUCCGCCUCAUUGCCCCGCCGCGACAGAGGAGGAGGGAACAAAAUUCGCCUACGGUUCCUCCUCGUCCGGUGGGUGUACAUGAUCAUGAUCAUGAUCAUGACCAAGACGGUGAUGGUGGUGGAGAGCCGAGGCGGUGCAAUUGGAUUACAAAGAAUAGUGACAAAGCUUAUGUUGCAUUUCAUGAUGAAUGUUGGGGAGUUCCGGUUUAUGAAGACAACCAAUUGUUCGAGCUGCUUUCCUUGUGUGGUAUGCUGAUGGACUACAACUGGACGGAAAUUCUCAAGAGAAAGGAGCUCAUCAGGAAAGCAUUCGGUGGAUUUGAUCCAAACGUGGUGGCCAAAAUGGACGAAAACCAGAUCAUGGACAUCAUCUCCGACAAGGCCUUAUCCUUAGUUGAAUGUAGAGUUCGAUGUAUUGUGGACAAUGCCAAAUGCAUUCUCAAGAUAGUGAGGGAAUUCGGGUCAUUGAGCGGGUACAUGUGGGCAUACAUGAACCAUAAGCCGACGGUGAACAAGUUCCGGCACCCGAGAAACGUGCCAUUGCGGUCGCCAAAGGCGGAGGCGAUGAGCAAGGACCUGUUGAAACGCGGAUUCAGAUUCGUUGGUCCGGUCAUCGUCUACUCUUUCAUGCAAGCUGCUGGCCUGACCAUCGACCACCUCGUUGAUUGUUUUAGGUACAAGGAAUGCGUCGCCCAUGCCGAACGCCCGUGGAGGCAUAUGUGAAUUCUUCUAAUUUUAUCCUUCUUUUUAAUUUCAUACCAUCAAGUAAUUAAGAAUUUAUUAUUAAGCUAUAUAUGUAUAAUGUAUUGAAUCACGGUGAAGGUGAUUAUUAUGUUUGUAUGUAUGUAUGAGAGUGUUUCGAUCUAUGUAGCUGAUUAUUACGAGAUCAGUCAAUCGAACUUUUCAGUUUUCGGUGUGAGGUGGAUGUAAUUCUAGCUCUGGUUUUGUACUUGGGGUGGGAUAGGAUUGGGAGAUUGAUCAUAUGGUCAUGUAUUGUGUGUUCCCUCUUGAAAUGUUGUUCUCCUUUUCUGUUUCAAUUGAUAUUUUGUUUAAAUUUUUUUAAUGGUGAG